AGUCAGAUGGGGGUUAGAAUUGACAUAUCAAAAAAUUGUUAUGCUACGCCCACUAGAAGUACGUUAGGUACGAAACUACACGAGACCCACAGCCCGGAGGUUCCCUACAUUCGAGUAUCUUUUGUUUGAUUAUUUUUGGCCUAAGACUUUUUUGAAUUAGUUUUUUUGUAAUUUAUUUUUGUGUGUGUGCUGGUGGCAGGGUGGGCUGGCACAUGAUAUUUCUCAUGUUUUUAACCUUUUUAAAGGUUUUGCUCGCCCUCCAGAAUUAUCCAUUCAAAAUUUCUGUAGUCUAUAUUACAGUAUUAUGGAGUAUUCGAAUAAACUAUAUCUAUCUAUCUAGUAAUUAGUAGUCUAUGUCUACCUUUCCUUUUAAUUUAUCUUGCAUAUUUUUAUUGAAUACCGGUAUCAGAAUAUGGGUAUAGACUAAUAGAACUGUAGAAAGAUAUAAUAAAAAUUGUUUAUAUUUAAACAGGCAUUAGAAUUGUUAUAUUUGAGUAUUUAGUUACUAAUCUGAGCAAGGUUGACGUGACUGAUUAUGAAUGAAGAUUACAUAAAACAAACAAAUUUAACACAAGCCAGUUUGCUCAUGACAUCACUCGAUAGCUUGAGAGAACAAAACAUUCUCUGCAAUUUUGAUGUCAGAGUUGGUGACAAAUCCUUUCGUGCUCAUCGCUGUGUCUUGGCAGCCCCAUCAGGAUACUUUAAAGCAAUGUUUUCAAGCAAAAUGAAGGAAUCUCGUGAUGAUUUUAUUAAUAUGGAAGAUGUUGAUCAAAAUGGGAUUUCCCAAUGUAUAGAGUUCAUGUAUAAAGUAGGAGCAAAUUUGAAAAUGGAAUACAUUCAACAAAUCCUGCAAGCAUCCAACCUGUUACAAAGGGUUAGUUUGACAAACUUUUGCUUCCAUUACUUGGAAACCAAUCUGUCUCGAACCAAUUGUCUUUCUGUCAUCAACUUGGCUCAAGCAUACGAUCGUCAUGAUGUAAAAGAACAAGCAGAACAUGUGCUGAUCACUAAUUUCAAAUCAGUAACAUCCUCUGAGAUGUUCUCGUUUAUUAUCAAGCCAGAUCUCCUGCGUUACAUAAAAGUCUCAAAUGUAAGUUAUCAAACAUCAUGGCAAGCUAUGAUAACAUGGGCAAGAGCAAAAGAUGAACAUGCAGAGAGAUGUUUCGGCGAUCUUGUAACAGUCAUCAAUAUCCAGACUUAUCCUUUCAAGUUUCUUCUGGAGACAGUGUUAGAAGAACCACUGGUGAAAAGUAAUAACAUUGCAAAGAAUUCAUUCAUCACUGUAUUAUUCUCUAAUGUCAAGAAUCUUGUGACGAAUCUUGAGAUUGACAACUGCUUCAUGCUGAAGAAUAUGGCUGAAACUCAUCAAGUACCUAAUCCAAACGCAGUUAGCUAUGUGUUAAAUAGAUUCAUUUCCAUGGAAAUCAACUUUGAACAACUCAUCGAGAAAGGGGAAUUCUGUGAUAUUCAGAAAAAUGAUAUAAUUGAAAAGUGCAAGUCAGUUACUUGUUUUGGGAAGCAUGGACUUGAUGGUGGAGGAAGCCGUAACCAACCAACGGUUACGUGAACCACCCUACGGUGGCGAGGAGUCCAGCAAUCCUCUC